AUGCGGUUACCGAGCGUUAUACGUCUCCCCUCCUUUGGCCAUAGCAAGAAAAAGUCGAAUGGCGAGCGUACCAGGAAAGUCGACGCAAGCUCGAGUAUGACUGCCUCUUCCUCCUCUACUCGAAAGGUCCCACCUGACACCACUUCCGAGACGUCGCCAGAUAGUGACGAUACUGUUGACCCACAAGACUUUUUUGAGAAUGAAACUUGGAAGAAAAAGUCACUGAGAUUGGAAUUCAGUGAUACGUCGUCGCUAGAACCAAAAAACUGGCUUAGCGAUAUUGAGAUUUCUAGCGACAGUCGUAUUGAGGGCGUUUCUGCCUACGAGUCUCCGAGUCCUACCUUCCGUCCUCUACACAGCACCGUCUUUGACCGUUUAGAACGUCUAGAAAGAGCGGCAACCGUUCAUGUUCCUCCUACCACCCUGUCUUCUUCCAAGUCAUUCGAGUCUUUUUCACCCGAAGCAGAACCCGUAAUUCGCAUCAAGUCUCGAUAUGGCUUGGGGCGUUAUAAUAGUAUUGAUAGUCCUCAUUACGACACGCAGAGCGAAGGUGAAAUGAAUGAAACGGACUUGGAAAGAAAAAGACGACGAAGGAGGACAUACCACAUAGUGAAUCUCAAUGCAAAUCCGUUCUUCCAUGCUGCAGGCAAAGGAGCAAAGAUGAGAGAAUUAUAUCUUAUGCAGCAAGAAUUGGAAGAGUCAGAAAAUCAUAACAAGGCAUAA